UCUCGGUCCUGUAGCCAAGGGGUCAGGAGCGUCUUGGGGAGUCUUGCUGCUGGUCUAGGUUUUUACUCAGCUAUCACCAUGUCUUCCCUCCUUGAUAUGUCCGAGUUUGGAGAGGCAGCGGACUACCUGCGGAAGAGCGACAAUGAGCUUAUGAAGCUGCAGACCAUGCCGUUCGAUGGUAAGAAAAAAGCCUGGAUUCCGGAUGACAAGGAAGCCUACAUUGAGGUGGAAAUCAAGGAUUCCUCUGGUGGCAAAGUCACCGUGGAAACAAAAGAUAAAAGGGUUCUCACUGUUAAGGAGGAUGACAUUCAACAAAUGAAUCCCCCAAAAUUUGAUAUGAUAGAAGAUAUGGCCAUGCUAACCCACCUCAACGAAGCGUCGGUCCUCUCCAACCUGAGACGCCGCUACGCCAACUGGAUGAUCUACACUUACUCCGGGCUCUUCUGUGUGACCGUGAACCCCUACAAAUGGCUUCCCGUGUACACGGCCACCGUUGUGGCUGCCUACAGAGGCAAGAGACGUUCAGAAGCUCCACCUCACAUCUACUCCAUCGCCGAUAAUGCAUACCAUGAUAUGGUGCGCGAUCGAGAAAACCAAUCCAUGCUUAUCACCGGAGAAUCCGGCGCAGGCAAAACUGUUAACACGAAACGUGUAAUUCAGUACUUUGCCAUAGUGGCGGCCCUUGGGGAAGGGUUCGGGAAGAAGAGCCAAGGUCCGGCUACAAAGACUGGGGGAACCCUAGAAGAUCAAAUCAUUGAAGCAAAUCCAGCAAUGGAGUCCUUCGGCAACGCUAAGACCCUCCGGAAUGAUAACUCCUCGCGUUUCGGAAAGUUCAUCCGAAUACAUUUUGGAACGACGGGAAAGCUGUCUUCUGCAGACAUUGACAUCUAUCUUCUGGAAAAAUCAAGAGUGAUUUUCCAGCAGCCCGGGGAGAGGAGCUACCACAUCUACUACCAGAUUCUGUCUGGCAAGAAGCCUGAACUCCAAGACAUGCUUCUACUCUCCACCAAUCCGUACGACUACCACUUCUGUUCCCAAGGUGUGACAACAGUGGACAACCUGGAUGAUGGGGAAGAGCUCAUGGCCACCGAUCACGCCAUGGACAUCCUGGGCUUCAGUCAGGAGGAGAAGACGGGCAGCUAUAAAAUAGUCGGCGCCGUCAUGCAUUUCGGGAACAUGAAGUUCAAGCAGAAGCAGAGAGAGGAGCAGGCUGAAGCCGACGGCACUGAAAGCGCUGACAAGGCGGCCUAUCUAAUGGGAAUCAGUUCAGCCGAUCUCAUUAAAGGUUUGCUCCAUCCCAGGGUGAAGGUUGGGAACGAAUAUGUGACCAAAGGGCAAAAUGUAGAGCAGGUGGUGUUCGCUGUCGGUGCCCUGGCCAAAGCUACGUAUGAUCGCAUGUUCAAGUGGCUUGUCAGUCGAAUUAACAGGACGCUGGACACCAAACUGGCCAGGCAGUUCUUCAUAGGAGUCCUGGACAUCGCCGGCUUCGAAAUAUUCGAGUACAACAGCUUCGAGCAGCUCUGCAUCAACUUCACCAACGAGAAACUGCAACAGUUCUUCAACCAUCACAUGUUUGUCCUGGAACAAGAAGAGUACAAGAAAGAGGGCAUUGAGUGGGUGUUUAUCGACUUUGGCCUGGAUCUCCAGGCCUGCAUUGACCUCAUAGAAAAGCCGUUAGGCAUCCUUUCCAUCCUGGAAGAAGAAUGUAUGUUCCCAAAGGCUUCAGACAUGUCCUUCAAAGCAAAGCUUUAUGAUAAUCACCUUGGAAAGUCUCCCAACUUCCAGAAGCCAAAAGUGGAUAAGAAACGCCGAUACGAGCCUCACUUUGAACUGGUCCAUUAUGCCGGAGUGGUACCUUAUAACAUUAUGGGAUGGUUAGACAAAAACAAAGACCCGCUGAAUGAGACUGUGGUAACCGUCUUCCAGAAGUCUUCAAACAAACUGCUGGCCAGUCUGUAUGAAAAAUACGUUGGGUCCUACUCAGACGAACACAAAACUGGAGUGAAAGAAAAACGCAAGAAGGCGGCUUCAUUCCAGACUGUAUCUCAGCUUCACAAGGAAAAUCUGAAUAAGCUGAUGACCAACCUCAAAUCCACACAGCCCCACUUUGUGAGAUGCUUAAUCCCGAAUGAGACCAAAACACCGGGUGCUAUGGAUCCAUUCAUGGUCCUUCACCAACUGAGAUGUAAUGGUGUCCUAGAAGGUAUAAGAAUUUGCAGAAAAGGAUAUCCCAACAGGCUUCUGUACGCCGAGUUCAAACAACGGUAUCGAAUCUUAAACCCAAAUUCAAUCCCAGAUGAUAAGUUUGUUGAUAGCAGGAAAGCAACUGAGAAAUUGCUGGGCACGUUGGACAUUGACCACACGCAGUACAAAUUUGGACACACUAAGGUCUUUUUUAAGGCCGGGCUGCUUGGUCAGUUGGAAGAAAUGCGAGAUGAACGCCUGGCCAAGAUUAUCACCAUGCUGCAGGCCAGAAGCCGAGGGAGACUGAUGAGGAUCGAGUAUCAGAAAAUAAUUGCAAGGAGGGAUUCCCUUUUGGUCAUCCAGUGGAACAUCCGAGCUUUUAAUGCUGUCAAGAACUGGUCGUGGAUGAAGCUCUUCUUCAAAAUCAAGCCGCUGUUGAAGUCUGCACAGACCGAGAAGGAAAUGGCCAACAUGAAAGAAGAGUUCUUGAAGUUAAAGGAGGCUUUGGAAAAAUCUGAAGCCAAGAGGAAAGAACUAGAAGAGAAGCAGGUCACUUUGAUCCAAGAGAAGAACGACCUUGGUCUGCAGCUUCAAGCUGAACAAGACAAUCUCGCGGAUGCCGAAGAACGUUGUGAUUUGCUGAUCAAAACCAAGAUUCAGCUGGAGGCCAAACUCAAAGAGCUGGCGGAAAGAGUGGAGGACGAGGAGGAAAUGAAUUCUGACUUGACUUCCAAGAAGCGCAAGUUGGAGGAUGAGUGUGCCGAGCUGAAGAAGGAUAUCGAUGACCUGGAGAUCACUCUGGCCAAAGUAGAGAAGGAGAAGCACGCAACGGAAAACAAGGUGAAAAACCUUGUAGAGGAGAUGGCUGCACUAGACGAGAUUAUUGCCAGGCUGACCAAAGAGAAGAAGGCCCUGCAGGAAGCCCACCAGCAAGCUUUGGACGACCUGCAAGCUGAAGAGGACAAAGUCAACACGCUUACCAAGGCCAAAGCUAAACUAGAGCAGCAAGUGGACGAUCUUGAAGGAUCCCUGGAGCAGGAGAAAAAGCUGAGGAUGGACCUGGAGCGAGCAAAACGUAAGCUGGAAGGGGAUCUCAAACUUACCCAGGAGUCUGUUAUGGAUCUUGAGAACGACAAGCAACAAUUAGAUGAAAAACUGAAGAAGAAGGAUUUUGAGAUGAGCCAACUGAACUCGAGGAUUGAAGAUGAACAGAUGAUGUGUGCGCAGCUCCAAAAGAAGAUUAAGGAGCUGCAGGCACGUAUUGAAGAACUAGAAGAAGAGCUGGAGGCCGAGCGAGCUACCCGCGCCAAGGUGGAGAAGCAACGCUCUGAAGUAUCAAAGGAGUUGGAGGAGCUGAGCGAGAGGCUGGAGGAGGCUGGCGGUGCCACCUCGGUGCAGAUCGAGAUGAACAAGAAACGUGAGGCAGAGUUCUUGAAGAUGCGCAGGGACCUGGAAGAGGCCACCCUGCACCACGAAGCCACUGCGGCCGCCCUCCGCAAAAAGCACGCCGAUACGGUGGCCGAGCUCGGAGAGCAGAUCGACAGCCUUCAGCGGGUCAAGCAGAAGCUGGAGAAAGAGAAGAGCGAAUUAAAGAUGGAGCUUGAUGACUUCUCUUCCAAUAUUGAACAACUAUUGAAAAAUAAGGGUAAUGCAGAAAAACUUUGCCGCACGUAUGAAGAUCAACUGAGUGAAGCAAAGAGCAAGGUGGAUGAACUACAGCGUCAGCUGGCGGAUCUUUCACUCCACCGAGCGAGACUCCAGACUGAGAACGGCGAAUUAUCGCGACUCUUGGAGGAAAAGGAAUCCCUUGUGAACCAGCUGAGUCGAGGCAAAGCAUCCUUUACCCAGACUAUUGAAGAACUAAAGAGACAGCUUGAAGAAGAGACCAAGUCAAAAAAUGCAUUGGCCCAUGCGUUACAAGCCUCCCGCCAUGACUGCGACCUCAUGAGGGAGCAAUACGAAGAAGAACAGGAAGCCAAAGCAGAGUUGCAAAGAUCUCUGUCCAAAGCAAAUGCCGAGGUGGCUCAGUGGAGGAACAAAUAUGAGACCGAUGCCAUUCAGAGGACCGAAGAGCUGGAAGAUGCCAAGAAGAAGCUGGCAGCUCGGCUUCAGGAUGCGGAAGAGGCCGUGGAAGCUGCCAAUGCCAAAUGUUCCUCUCUGGAGAAGACCAAGCACCGACUGCAGACCGAGAUUGAGGAUCUGGUUAUUGACCUGGAAAGAGCCAACUCGGCUGCUGCUGCGCUGGACAAGAAGCAAAGGAACUUCGACCGGAUCCUUGCAGAAUGGAAGCAAAAGUACGAGGAGACUCAGGCAGAGCUGGAAGCCUCACAGAAGGAGUCCCGUAGCCUUAGCACGGAGUUAUUCAAACUGAAGAACGCUUACGAGGAAUCUCUGGAUAACUUAGAGACGAUGAAACGGGAAAACAAGAACUUACAAGAGGAAAUUGCCGAUCUUACCGAUCAAAUCAGUACUAAUGGCAAAAUGAUUCACGAGCUGGAAAAGGUCAAGAAGACUCUGGAGAGUGAAAAGAGCGACAUCCAGGCAGCUCUGGAGGAGGCCGAGGGUGCCCUGGAGCACGAAGAAAGUAAGACUCUGAGAAUCCAGCUAGAGCUCUCGCAGAUCAAAGCCGACGUGGACAGAAAGCUGGCCGAGAAAGAUGAGGAGAUCGAGAACCUCAGGCGCAACCACCAGAGAGCCAUGGAAUCCAUGCAGGCGAGUCUGGACGCAGAAGCCAAAGCUAGGAACGAAGCCAUUCGUCUCAAGAAGAAGAUGGAAGGCGAUCUGAACGAGAUGGAGAUCCAGCUGAAUCACGCGAACCGGCAGGCUGCCGAGUCCCAGAAAAUGGUCCGUCAUCUGCAGUCUCAGAUCAAGGAUUUGCAGAUUGAGUUGGACGAUACUCUUCGCCACAACGACGACCUGAAAGAGCAGGCGGCAGCGCUCGAGAGACGGAAUAACCUGCUGCUGGCCGAGGUGGAGGAGCUACGGGCCGCGCUGGAGCAGGCAGAGCGAGGAAGGAAACUGGCGGAGCAGGAACUACUGGAGGCCACAGAGAGAGUCAACCUUCUCCACUCGCAGAAUACCGGUCUCAUAAACCAGAAAAAGAAACUGGAUGCAGACAUCUCUCAGCUCACCACAGAGGUGGAAGAAGCCGUCCAAGAAUGCCGCAAUGCAGAAGAGAAAGCGAAGAAAGCCAUCACUGAUGCAGCAAUGAUGGCAGAAGAACUGAAGAAAGAGCAGGACACCAGUGCCCACCUUGAGAGAAUGAAGAAGAACAUGGAGCAGACCAUCAAAGACCUACAGAUGCGUCUGGAUGAAGCCGAGCAAAUUGCACUCAAAGGAGGAAAGAAGCAGAUCCAGAAAUUGGAAGCUAAGGUGAGGGAGCUGGAAGGAGAACUCGAGAUCGAGCAGAAGAAAAAUGCAGAAACCCAGAAGGGAAUUCGAAAAUACGAGAGAAGAAUCAAGGAACUCACCUACCAGACAGAAGAAGAUCGUAAGAAUUUGGCACGCAUGCAAGAUCUCAUCGAUAAACUACAGAUGAAAGUGAAGAGCUACAAGAGGCAGUCAGAAGAGGCGGAGACCCAAGCCAACUCGAAUCUAGUAAAGUACAGAAAGGUCCAACACGAGCUGGACGAUGCAGAAGAACGGGCUGAUGUGGCAGAGACACAGGUCAACAAACUGCGUGCGCGAACCCGCGAGGUGGUGUCUACCAAGGUCAGACUCGAACCUCUCCAACACUUCGGGUGAUAAAGCAUGAAGAACGAUGAAGCUGAAAUCUCGUCCGUCAACCCCACCAGCAGCUGCAACAGCUGUGACUUUACCAGAUCCCAUUCCCUCCUGUAAUCCCAACCGAUAACCCACCCCUUGUGAGCAAAUAAAAGCGAGACAGAAAA